CCGGCUUUGUACGAGCUCCUCGGGCAGCUGCUGGGGCCCAGCGUGUUUGUUACCUGGGUAGAGCUCAGGAAGGCGAUUUUAGACACCCGUACCCGUUAUCACAGAGAAGUGUUUGAAAACGUGCUAGAAGACCACGGAGGAGAACCAGUCUCAGGGCUGCUGCUUCUCUACCCCAGCCGUGUUCUUCACAUAGUGGAGGAUAUUAAAGUUUUAGUGGUGGCACAUGACAUCCCCACCAGACUGUUCCCAGACUGGUCAGUGGCAGCAGCAACAGCUCCCAUGACUUGGCCAUCAAGGACCAUCCAGUCGCACUCGACAGCAGAGGUGGUUGCAGAGUGCCUUACCCUCGGGCUCAAGCUGGCAGCCUCCAUUCAGAGCUCUGAGGAUGACAGCGAGGAUGUGACUGAGAGCAUACCCACUGCUGAACGUGAGCUGCUGAUCCCAGCAGAGACAAUUAACUACUUGUGUAAAGCUGAGGAGUGUAUAAGUCCAGAAGAGUUUCUGAGAACUUACUUAGGUCCUUCACAACCCACCCUGGACUCAGAAAUGGUGUGGCCUGUUCCGUCUUAUCUCUCCACAUGA